AUGAACUGUUGUCAACUACUCUUGAAGAGAUAUUACAGCUCAAGUCAAGUGUUUGCAGAUGUGGCUCGGUAUUUGAUUUAUUGCAAGCUCAGUGAAGUGAAUACCAACUCCACGGUGUUUCGUGGCACUUUAUACGAAUACUAUGUCAAGAAUCUACUUGAAACAAAAUUACAUGCCAAAUAUAUGGUCAGAUGUGGAGGCUCCUACGACAAUGGGAUUGACAUUAUAGGCAAAUGGGAUCUCCUUCCAUUCUACCAAGAGUCAUUGAGGUUGAGCAGAGACGGAACCGAGCAGAAAUUAUACACUUCAUCACUUCUUCACCACCUUCCAAAUUCUUCUUUACAAAAGCGACCGCCAAUUUCUUUGCUGAAUGACGUACAUUUGGUGGUCCAGUGCAAGAAUACCAAGAAGAGGCCAGGAGCAGCAGAAGUCCGACAGUUGUCCGGAGUAUUAGAGUAUCAUAAAUUCCACAAGAAGAGGACCGUUAUGAUGAUGGUCAGUCCCCAUCCGUUGACACUACAAGGUAUAUCUCAAUUGAAUAAAUCGUCCUAUUCAAUGGUAAAUCUAGUUGCUUCACCGUUAAGUAACGCUAGUGAUGAAUAUGACUACGAACAUUGGAAAGGAGGUGACUUGAUGUCGGUAUACUUGAAUCGUACUGCCACAAAAGUUCUUAGUGGGUUGAGAAUGGAACAACAGUUGUCACAACUUACAAAAUCACGUUAA